AUGCGGGACUUCGCCACCCUCGAGGGCUACCUGGGCGGCAUCCUGAACGUCCACAGGUGCCUGCUGCGGGGGAGGAUCUCCUUCGUCGGCCGCACGGAGUUCGUGGCGGACGACGCCGUGGGCCUCUACCGCGCCACCGUCGGGCCCGCCCUGGACGACGCGCACGGUGCAGGGCUGUGGCUCAACGCCAACGCGAGCGCACCUCACCGGAGCGCGGAGCAGGCCCGGCAGGAGAUCGGCGAGGCGGGCUCGCGGGCGCUGAGCGCCUUCCUGGCCGAAGACUCGGGACUACUUCAUCCUGUCGCUGCUGGCCUGGCGAGGCAUGCUGCCGCCCUCGUACCUCCAGCUCCUCGGCGUGCGGCCGGACGUCCCGCCCACUGGCGGCCUCGAGGGCGACUUCGGACGCG